AUGGAGCUGGCCCUCGUGGACACCAUCAAUGACCCACAGCAUGCCGGACGAAAGGCCGGCGUGCUGACGAGGAGCGGCGUGGCUGCGGAGGGCGAUGCCGGUGGCGGGUCAUUUGUGAGACGCACCCAGUACAGGAAGCUCUCAAAGGAGCAGAAAGACGAGCUGGAUGCAGCCUUUCAGCAAAACAAUUUCAUAGACAAGAGGACGAAAGAGGCCUUGGCCGAGAGGCUCGAGAUAACGCUGAAGCAGGUGGAUGUCUGGUUUUUAAACCGCCGAUCCAGGUUGAGGAAGCAGCAGGCUGAGGAGGACCUCACGCAGCAUAAGCAGAAAGUUGAAGAACUGACCAAGCAAAAGGACCGCCUCCGGCGCAAGAUAGACAAGCUCAAGAAGCGCAACAAGAAGCUAAAAGCUAAGCUUAAGGAAGCAACGGCAACUAUGGCGGCGGCGCCACCACCACAACCACAACCACAAGCAACCAUCACCAUCAGUCAUGCUGCUCCCUCUCCCGGCGGGGCUUAA